GCCGUUUCUUCAGGCGCGUGGCUUAUUUAGCGACCCUGUCGGAGAUGCUCAACGCCAACCGGCCUUGGACGCCCCAAGCAAGCCAACCUACGGCAGCUCUCCCCACGCGCCCACCAGACCCAGCUCUAUGCUGCUCCGCCGCCGGAAAGAUUGGUCGCCCGGAUCUGGACUCCUGCCUGCUCCGGGGCGGGCCAGAUCCGCCCUACCUACUCCGAGCAGCACCACGGGGUGCCAUCCCUCGCUGCCGGCCGGAGAUGAGGCCCGACCCCGCCGUCUGCCGCCCGAGACACCGCCCCCCACGGACCUCCCCCGCUCUAACAAGCAGGUGUAUCAACCUAGAACUCAGCUAGAUCAAGGCUAAUAGACAGCAAAACAGGUUGAUCUAGAAAGCCAGGGUUACCAAGGCUUGAUAAAAUGGUGCAAAUACUUGACGGGCUUCUGGACUCAAAUCAUUGUCCGGCAUGGAUUGUCUAGUCGACUUAAAAGAAUUAAGAGCAGGCUGGAGCAAAUUUCGGAGAACCAAAAGGAAUACAAGAUCGAGCAUACAUCAUUAGCGGCGUUGACAUCUUCCACGACAGCCAUUGCGGCAUGUGAACAGGCGGGAUGAUCGUGCAAGCGCCAUAGGGCUUGACGAACAUGUGAAGACUAUUGAGGGAAUGCUGUUUCGUGAGGAUCAUCCAGAGCCAAUGUUCAUCUCCAUAUUUGGAGAGAGUGGUGUCGGAAAGAGCACACUCAUAUCUGUUCUUGGCGACAAAAUUCAUGAAAACUUUGACCUUAUAUUUGGGUACCCCGUCGUACCAGAUUCGAGCACGGAAGAUCUUCUCCGGGAAAUCUACCGGAGAAUAGCAGAACAUUGCACAGAAGAAGAAAAAGCAAACUGUGGUGAGUCAAGGGAAGCCAUUCAUACCCCUGGCAAGAUCCGUCGCUUACUAGCGAAUAAAAAGUACCUGAUGAUUCUUAGUGGGAUAUCCUCAAAAACCAUGCUCAACUGUGUGAGAGCGAGCCUUCCAGUUGGCAAUACUGGUAGCAGUGUGGUACUCGUAUUGGAUAGUGAGUACGAAGAAGUAGCAUGGCAUGCUAAUAGCAUGAACAAAGACGGUGUCAACAAAAUCCACCUGUUGAGCCGUCUAGAUGAAAAACAGAGCGGACAGUUGUUCCGUUCGAGGGCCUUCAGGAAACAAGAAUACAGUGAGAGUGAACACAUGGGCAUAUACGACAGGAUCAUGUCGCACUGGAGGUCCUUCAGGAAAGAAGAGUCCAACGAAGAGGGAAACACGAGGAUGUAUGACAAGAUCGUUUACGAUAUAACAGGGGGUUACCCUCUGGCUAUAGUGGUUCUCGCUGGACUGCUCCGAUUCAAAGAGAAGCCAGGGCAGUGGGAAGCAGUGCUGCAACAGCUUAGGCCUGGACCAGGAACGGAGGAGAAACAGGACAGCAGAGGCAACCAGAUAACUGAAGAUGUACAGGGGAAGUGUAUCGAGUGGCAGACAGGCCCUGCAACACAAGCUAACACGUCCACAACAACGACGAUUGAGAGGGUCUUCUGGGCAAGCUUUGAAGACCUUCCCAACGACCUUAAGUCAUGCUUCCUCUACUUUGCGGCUUUCCCCAAGAACAUUGUUCAGUACGCCAGUCAGAUGGUGCAGAUGUGGAUGGCGGAGGGUUUCAUCAAGCCACAGAAGGGCAAGAGUAUGGAGGAGCUGGGUCAUGACUACCUCAAGGAAAUGGUCUUGAGAUGCCUUGUUCAAAUUGAAGAUACGAAUGCCGCCGGUGGCAUAGAGGGGGUCAGGGUUCAGAGGAACCUCCACGGGUUCCUGCAUUCAGAGGCUCGCGAGGCUGGCUUCGUCGAGGUCCAUGACAUGCAUGAUGCCUUUGUUCCAUCGUCGGUGCGCCGCCUCUCUUUCAUGAGCUUUGGUGGUAGGUAUACCACGGUCACCAACAAAUUCCCUAAGCUGCGUUCCUUCAUAUGUCGGGUCGAGGAGGAAGAUGAGCAGAGCGAUGACAGCCAAGGUGUGGACAUGAAGCAUCGUUGGCAUGACAUGAGGUUUCUGCGCAGGUCCAAGUUCAUGCGCCUCAUCUCCUUAAAGGGACUGAGACUUAACAAGUUGCCUGAUGACAUUGGCUGCAUGGUCCACCAGCGGUACCUUCGUGUUGACAGCAAAGACCUUAAGGAUCUCCCGUCCAGCAUGAAGAGGCUGACCAAUCUGCAGACACUGGACAUAAGGGGCACUCAGGUGGAGGAGAUUCACAUUUCCUUGUGGACGAUGAAGACACUGCGGCAUGUGCUCGCAGACAACCUCAAGCUUCCACCCGUCCAGGUCUUUCCCAUCAGAAAAGAACUGGAUGAGCUGCAGACAGUGCAUGGUGUGAAGCCCCACCACCAAGGGGAAUGGGACCAGCUCAACUGCCCGCUGCUCAAGAUGACAAAGCUCCGGUCGCUGGAGCUGCAAGGCUUGGAGGAUGCUAAGCACGGGGCCGCACUCAAGGCUGCUCUCGGGAGGAUGCAUCUCCUUGGCCACUUGAAGCUGAAAGGCGACGAGAUCCCUCCGUGUGUCUUCACUGAGCAGGGCCUUCAGUAUCUUCAGACGGUGGAGCUGGAGGGUCCGGUGCAAUGGCCGCCUGCCGACGCGUUUAAUGAGCUUCGCAUCCCCCGACCAAACCUUGUUCAGCUCAGCCUCACGGAUACGAAUGAUGCGCCGCAAGACAUCCAAGAGGAACUCAGAAAGGCAGGCUUUAACCGCUCCACAUCCAGGCUCAGGACAGUUUAUCGGCUUCCGUACCGAUAAGGAGAAAAGACUUGUGGCAAAACCUGGAUGGAGCGGAAGAGUGGUAUGGUUCUUAUAUACCCAGUUAAAUGGUUUUAAUUCAUGAUACAGAAUGAUUGCAUUGUGUUGUGAUGACCUGUUUGAUUGGGAUCUCUGGUUGUUCAUGUUCUGUUCGUUGCUGCUGUAAUCGUGAACUAUCAACAGAAACAAUAGCAAAAUCAACAUUCACUCAAAUUCUCGAGUAUCUCCAUCUCAAUAUUCCAUACUAGCAUGCUAUUGUCAGGCUGCUAGCCUGCUAUGAAACAUUUGAAAAUAGUAAGAAAAAAAAUUAAAACUAUUCACAUAGUCUGUUUCGUAUCUGCUAGAUUAUUCAGAGUCUUAUGAAAAUCUCCAGCCAUUUUAACAGCAACAAGCUAUUUUUGCA